AUGUAUGCGGCUAAAGAAGGAAAAAUUGAGGUUAUUAAAGCCCUCAUGACAACCGAUGACCGAGUAGAAGUCAACCAUCGUGAUACAACCGGAAAAAAUUCGUUGAUGUAUGCAGCAGAAGCAGGACAAACUGAAAUUAUCAAAGCCCUCAUAGCUGAUGGACAAGUAGAAGUCAACCAUCGUGAUAAAUCCGGAAGAACUGCUCUUCUUUUGGCGAUGAAAGAAAAACAAUUUGAAGCAGCUUGUAUGUUAGUCGAUAAUGUGGAACAACUUGUAUGUUCAAUAGGAGACAAUUCUGGAUCAACUCCCCUAAUCUUGGCUCUUGAAGCAAAUCACAGGCAUUUAAUUCAUGCAGUUGUGAACAAAAUAAAUAUAAAUAAUGAGGAUGUGAACCUGCCUAAUGCAAAAGGAGCAACGAUUCUUCAUACUGGCGUGAACAAAAAUGAUGCUGAGCUCGUAAAACUGAUAUGCCAAAAUUCACAUGUCAAAAACAUCGAAGGUCUAACUCCAAUAGACAUUGCUGUUAAGGAAAAGCUUUACCCGAUGUUAUGGAUACUGGUGCAAAAUUUACCGCCGGAAGAGAUAGAUAUUAACAAGUCGUACGAAGAAGGGAACACACUGCUUCAUUUCGCUGUGAAAGAAGGCAACCUUGACGCAGCCAGGUGCAUCUGCUCCCUUCCUGGUGUCAAACGCAGGGAAAACGAAAGUGGCUUUGAUCCGUUACAACUGGCAGCAGAUUCAGAGAUUUUGUCAUUACGCUUCCUCUUGUGCAUCUACAAACUUCCCGGCACCAAAGUCGAUAUAAAUGAGCAAUACCAAGGAAAAGGAAUUAUCCAUAUAGCAGCGGAGCUUCGUGAUCUGAAAGAAUGUAGCUACUUACUACAAGAAUUCUCUAAUAUUGACGUAAACGCCAUGGACAGUGAUGGUAGGACUGCGUUACACAUAGCAGCAGCCAAUAAUGAUGUGGAUACCGCUAAAGUCCUUUGCAAAUUCCCAUCCAUUAAAAUCAACUUAGGAUCUCCUCUAUUGGCAGCUACUGAGCACGCAAAUGUGGAUGUCGCAUUUUAUUUGCUCUCCCUGCCAACAAUCGAUUUGGAUAUAAAAGACAGCGCUGGCAAUAACAUUUUCGAGAUAGUCUGUGGUCUUAUAGAGAACAGUUCAACGGAACUAUCUGCCAGCAUCACAUCAAAGGGAUCUUCCAAACCAUCAAUACGCCUCGUAAAGGCAAUUGAAGCUGUAUUAUACGAAGUGGAUCAUAAUUCAACCAGAGAAAACACAGAAAGUGAUGGCAAUUGA